AACUGAAGCUACAUUUUGGAUGAUGGAUUGUUCAGAGGAGGUUCAACCUGUGUCUGAGGAGCCCACAGCUCAGAUGGAGCUGAAGAAGGGAAUGUCGAUUUUCAUUGAUAUUUUACGGAGAGCUGAUAAAAAUGAUGAUGGAAAGCUGUCCUUUGACGAAUUCAAGGCCUACUUCUCUGAUGGAGUCUUGACAGCUGAGGAACUGAAGGAGCUCUUCCACACAAUUGACACUCACCACACAGACAAUGUGGACACUGAUGAACUCUGUGAGUAUUUCUCCCAGCACCUCGGUGAAUAUGAGAAUGUUCUUGGGGCCUUAGAAGACCUGAACAUGUCCAUACUGAAGGCUAUGGACAAAACAAAGAAGGAUUAUCAGGAGUCCGCCCAUCUGGAGCAGUUUGUGACCCGCUUCUUGCUGAAGGAGACAACCAAUCAGCUUCAUUCACUUCAAAGCUCUCUGGAGUGCGCCAUGGAAACCACAGCCGAGCAGACCCGCCAGGAGAAACAGGGCCCGCUAAAGCCAGAGGUUUUAUCCAUUCAGUGGUCGGGUCGUCGCUCCAAUCGGAGGCUUCAGAGGAACAGCAGCCUUUCUCCUAACAACCCUCUCCUCAGUCUCGUCAAUUCAGGUGUUUAUGAUGAAGACAGCCAGUGGAUGAUCCAGGUCAACAGACUGCAGAGUCUCAUUGACCGUCUAGAAAAAAAGGAGAUUCGUCUGGAACCCGUUGAAGAGGAGGUCCUGGAGAGCAAAUCGCAUAUCCUGAUAGUCCAGAGGCAGCUCUCGGUGCUGGAGGAGGAGCUGGAGGAGUUUCGUUUGGCUCUCAGACAGUACAUGGAGUGUGCCUGUGCCCAGACUGGAUGUCUACACAUUGCAGUUCAGCGGCUGGCAAAUGAAUCACGCUUCAUUCUCUAUGAAUUCUGGGAGCACAACAACGUGUGGAAGAAUCACCUGCAGACCAACUACAGUAAGACCUUCCAGAGGGGAAACGUCGACUUCCUGGAAACUCCCGAGAGUAUAACCACCAUGCUGGUUCCUGCCUCGUGGUGGGUCCUCAACAACAACUGAACGUGGACAAACACCCUUUAAAUAUCCUCACUGUUGGAUUCAGAGAGCAGCCUGUCAACACAUCAGGAAGUCUACUGCAGCACGCAUACACGCACACACGCACACACACACACA